AUGUUCGUUCGACUCGUACCGCCACACCUACAGUGUCGCCUGGGUGUGACGGUCCGCGCGGCACUUUACUGCGCAAUCGGCCUGGCCAUUUGCGUUGGCUCGGUUACUGCUGCUGGUGACGACUUCGAUUCUACGUCCCUAGCCUCCAAAAAUCAUGGUCGCUUCAUCUUCGGUGAUGCUAGUCCGCAAUUUUCCUUCCCACUCGCGUCAUAUAACGGCCUGGAUUUCGAAGACGCUGUAGAUGAGAACGGGGAUGCGCGCGGACUCGACCUGGUUCGUCGGGCUCCUGCUGGUGUAACUUCCCUCGGCAAUAAUCAGUAUAAGCAGAGUACAAUCAAAAUGGGCGAGACCGAGUGGUGGUAUUUCCCGGUGAAUGGCGAUGAGGCCAAUAGCACCGCUGAGAACCAGAGCCGUGACCUUUCGAAGCGUUCCAUAACCGUUUACCUAUCCCUAACGGCCUGCUCGAAGCCCAGCCUCAACAGAACGGAUUCAACCACCACAGCUGCCGUACCGCAGCUGACCGUCUAUGCAUCCGAGUCGGUACAGAAACCCGGGCCCGACAGAUCCGAUUCCGACCAGACAGCACAAUCGGCGGAAGAAGGCUACAUGGGCAUGGUUCUGUCGGUGGAUGGAGAUAUCUACAUUGGAGUAACCGCCCCCAAUAGCACGGAGUACUCUGGAUCUUUUACCUACCAGCUUGCAGCCUCGACCGAUGCUUAUUUCCACGGCGUUGACGACACCGAUCAGUCCUUGUUCCUAGUCGAUUCGGAUACUAACGCAGCACUUUUAACGACGAAAAACCUCACCACUACCGAUCUAUCACCGCAGAAUUACAGCUACUGGAUGGAUAUGACGCCUUCAUACACGAUGUUCGCCAACAAUCUCAAUAGUGCCUCCAUAUCGGGUCUGGAACGGUCAUUCUGCGCCCUCGAACAGCUUGCGCAGAUCGGGGAAAGCAACAUUGAGACGAGCAUGGCUGUCCAGGGCUCAGCGGUCAGGCCAACAGAACAGUUCUACGUCACCGGCCUCAACAAAACCUCCACUUAUUACGGGAUCAUGGCGCGAUAUGGUAAUUCCACCAAUGCGGGCAACGGGAUCAUAGGAGGUGGCGGGAAGGUCUGGCCGCGAAUGAACUUCACAACCAAAACAGAUGACAAUUGCGCCGUUGUCUAUGACCUGCCAUUUUGCUCCGAAGUCGCCUACGCCGUGCCAUCCAAUCCAUCCAUGAACAUGACGGAACUCCGAAAAAUUUACGACGACAAUGCAGCUUCCCUGUACCAGAACUUCAACUUCUCCCUGCAACAAGUUCAAUGCAACACCUCAAGCGAGAAUAUUUUCUCGCUCGCCGUAAGCUGCGAUGAUUGUGCCAAGGCAUACAAGCAGUGGCUUUGUGCCGUGACAAUCCCUCGUUGCGCGGAUUUCUCCAGCAACGCAACCUUCCUCCAGAUCCGAAACGUAGGCCAAGCUUUCCUCAACGGCACUUCCAUCACUGACUCAUCCCUUCUGGACAAAACCGCAACCAACCGAUCCCGCAACCACCUAAUAGACAAGGAAAUCCGUCCGGGACCAUACAAGGAGAUACUUCCCUGCUUAGACGUCUGUCACAGCCUGGUCCGAAAGUGCCCAUCUGUUCUCGGCUUCGACUGUCCAGUGGGCCAAUGGGCCGACGUCUCAUACGGCCUACGAGAUCCCAACGGUGACAUCACAUGCAGUUACCUCGGAGCCGCAUACUACCUGAAUGCCGUCUCCAGUCUGCACGAAAAAGUUAGGAUACCUCUAUAUAUGGUGAUAGGGGUCUGGACAUCAUUCUGGGUCCUCGGCUAG